AUGACUCCAUUGUUAAUCGCAGUGAUCGUACUUCUAUCGGUGUAUAAAUAUUACAAGUUUACUUUUCAUAAGCCACCUAAUUCACCUCCAAGCAUUAUCAGAGUUCCAAUAUCAGGAUCUUACCUGAUAUUAUUGUUGAGAAGCUACUCCUUCCCAUAUAAGGCCGUCGAAUAUUAUACAAAGAGAUUGAAAUCAAAAAUCAUCGGCUGCUACCUGGGCAGUUUUUGGGUAGUCAUAGCUAACGAUUAUGCCAGCAUAAAGGAAGUGCUCAAGAGAGAUGAAUUCGACGGCCGAAUUACGGAAGUGCCAGUCAUAAAAGCACGAUCUUUUGGAAAAACAUUAGGUAUAACUUUCGCUGACAACACGCUGUGGCGUGAGCAGAGGAGAUUCUUUCUUCGCAAUAUACGAGAUUUCGGGUUCGGGCGACGACAAGACGGCAUUGAGAAACAGAUCAUGGACGAGAUAUCUCAGCUUAUCGAUAUCUUGAAACAUGGAGCUGUCAACGAUGGAGAAGAGAAAAUAAUAAAAGGCAACUUGAUACUUUUUCCGGACAUUCUAUAUCCAACAAUAUGCAGUUCCUUAUGGAAUGUGUUGUUUGGUCAGAGAUUUAACAGAAGUGAACACGACAUUCCACGACGGUUUGGUCGCAUGGCUAUGUUAUUUCACAGAUCGCUCGAUUCAACAGGCGGUGCGCUUUUUCAUUUACCUGUUUUAAGAUAUUUUGGAAAUAUGUUUGGAUUUAAAGAUAUGAUGAAAGCAAAUAACGCAAUGAUAGACAUUAUCCAGGAAUAUCUGAAAUCCCAAGACGUCAUUCCCAGUGAGAAUGUCGAUAGAGGAUUUAUCGACAGGUAUCUCGACAUAUUGAAUAAGGACGAUAACACGCAAACUUUUUCAAAGGAGCAACUAAUCAUUUUACUAGCUGAUAUAUUGCUGGCCGCCAACUCUACACUUCCCACUGUUAUUACUCAGAUCUUCAAAUACCUGAUACAUCAUCCCCGGGUUCAGAAGAAAGCCCACGAUGAAAUAGAUCGAGUCGUUGGGACCGGACGUUUGGUUACAUGGGGUGAUAGAAAGAACUUGCCUUAUAUGGAAGCGGUGAUCCGAGAAGUGAUGAGAAUAUCGUCAUCGUUGCCGUUUAGCGUAUUCCACAGAGCCGUCAAGGAUACUACUCUGGGAGGGUACACGAUACCGGCUGAUACGCCAAUUGUUACCAACUUGGCGGCGAUGCAUCACGACCCUGACUUGUGGGGUGAUCCCGACAACUUCAGACCAGAGAGAUUCUUUGACGAGGACGGCGCAUUGAUCAAGGAUAUGUCAUUACCUUUCGGUCUCGGUCAUCGAGUUUGUCCGGGAGAAACUUACAGCAGAUAUUAUGUCUUCGGUGUGACGUCCGCCUUGUUGCAAACGUUCAAUUUCUUUGCAGUCGAGGGCGAACCGUCGAAACCCGGAGACGAUUUGCCGGGUCUUUUGAUAACCCCUAAGGAAUUUUGGCUACGCUAUGAAUCGCGUUAAUGUGCCUCGAGUAUACAUUGAAAUGGAACACCCUCCAAUGAUUAUGACUCAGAUACGACUCGAAUAUAUUGAAUUUGGAUCAUCGUCUCUCAAGUAGCAUACAAAACGUUCGAGCCUCGUUGCUCAUUGUUUGUUAAUGAGUUACCAAUGAAACAAGUUUUAUAAACAUAAUGUAAUAAUACGUAAUUAUUGAUGUUUUUGGACGGAAUUUUUCAACACCGCAUAUAUUGAGAUGGUAUAGUUUGUAUAGUUGGUAUAGUUGGUUGAUGAGAUUGGAUUAGAUCAGAUUAGAUUUAUAUCCAACAGUACAGUUCUAUCUAGAAAAUAAAACAAAAACAUUAUUAUACUUUGUAAUUAUUUUGAAUAUUAUAUGGAUAUGCAUCGCUCGUUAUUACAGAAAAAAAAUACCAUCUGAUCGGUCAUCUAAUUUUAUUCGUCUUUUCGAUACAAAUUCUGCAAUAUAGUCAUCGUAAUGAUACGUGCGUAUCCCUCCCACAUGCGUGCUAUCGCCAUUUGACAUGCGAUCAGGAUUUCACUGACAUGUCCCACUCGUAUCGUUUGGGGAAAAAUUUUGUGAAAAAUAAUUAGACGCUUAUUUCUUUUCUUUUCGUAUAUAUAAAUUCCAUGAACAUCUGAUGUAUAAAAUUUUUUUCAAAAGGCAAAGGCUGAUUGAUCAGACGAGACAUUGUAUUAGAUAAUCAGAUCAAUGUAUUCUUCACAGAAAUUUUUCACAGAAAUAAGAGAUAAUGUGAUGUAGAACUGAAAUAAAGAGCUUGAAACAUUUGAUUA